AUGACAGAUGCCUGCGGUGGAGGAGAACGCGCUGCAGCCCCCGCUUCCAGCCUGGAUGCCUCCGACCCGGAGCUGCACUAUGAGGAGGAGGAGGAGGAGGAAUCGGAGGAGUCGGAGCCCUCAGACACCAGCAGCAUCUUCUCCGAUGACUCCGUCUACCCUUGCUACGAGCUCUCCCUGGGGGCUGGUGGUGCCAGGGACCUCAGCCUCUACCAGUGCUGUGCCAGGAACGAUGCCAAGCUGGUGCAGGAGAGGCUGGAGCACGGGGUGACCCGGAGUGAGGCCACGGAGCUGGACAUCAACGGGAGGAACGGGCUGAUGGUCGCCUGCUACAAGGGCUUCGUGGACAUCGUGCCCCUGCUGUGGAAGUGCCCCUACAUAAACGUCAACCAGCAGGACAAGGAUGGGAACACGGCCCUCAUGAUGGCUGCCCAGGCAGGACACAUCACCAUCGUCAACUACCUCCUCAACUACUACCCUGCGCUCGAGGUGGACAAGCGAGACCCCCGGGGCCUGACGGCGCUGAUGAAGGCUGCGGUGCAGGGGCGGCAGGACUGCGUGGCCGCCCUGCUCCUGGCCGGAGCAGACCUGCAAGCGGUGGAUUCCAUCAAGGGGAAGACGGCCAGGGAGUGGGCAGCCUUCACGGGCCGCUUCGAGACGACCGUGCGGAUUCGGAGCCUCCUGCAGCGCCCGCGGGCGGAGCAGUUCGGCACCCGGUACCGGCCCGAAUGGCCAGCGCUGGCCGAGCUGGUGGCCAAGGCCCUGAGCUCCAAAUCCAGGGGCAAGAGGCUGUCGGAGAAGAUCCGAUCCAUGUUCACCUUCAACUUCCCCCAUGACCCCGAGGAGGACGGUGUGAUGGACCACAUGGUGAGGAUGACCACCUCCCUCGCCAGCCCCUUCGUGGCCACUGCUUGCCAAACCAUCUGCCCCGACAGCCCCCCAGAGGUGGGCAAGCGCAGGCUGUCCGUGCCGGAGAUCCUCGGGCAGCACGUGCCGGACCUGGAGGCUGAGCCAGACCCCACCUCGUGCCCCAGCACCGGCGCUUCCUCUUGCAACGGCCAAGCCAUGUCGGAGAUCCGGCUCCUGCCACCGCGCCAGCCGGCCAGCGGCCUCCUGGGCUUCCUGCCCCCGCGCGUGAACAGCAUCUUCCCCGGAGAGCCCGUCCCGAAAAUCAAAGUGAGCAAAACCUCCUCCCCGCCCGCCAGCACGAGGGAGCGGAGGCGGCGGGGAGGGGACAAGGACCUGCUGCAGCCGCCCAAGUGGAGGUACAAGGAGCUGAAGGAGGAGAAGAAAGCGGCCAAGGAGGCGAAGAGUGAGGAGAAGAAGAAGAAAGGGGGAAAGAGACGCUAA